AUGGCGAAAUCGCACUCCACCCCAACCUACGAAGAAGUUUCAUCAAUGCUAAAUAUAAGUCGCUGUGAAUCCCCGGUGGAUCAAAGAGAUCAAUCCGCAUCUCCAACCCAAAGAAGUCCCAGCAGGAGAGACGAAACUACCAAUCGAGAUAAUGCAAGUAAUUUGGGUAGAGAUUUAG